ACGGCGUCUGUUGCGCCUCGGAUUUGGGUUCUGGGGCGUGACAGAUAAAGUGGUAUCAGAGCUUAGGUUAAAUUAAGAUUUUGUGAUACCAGAUUUAGUGGUAUCAGAGCUUAGGUUAAAUUAGAUAUCUGGGGAUUUUGUGGUAUUAGAGCUUAGAUUGAAAUUAAGAGCUUGGUUUAAAUUAAGAGUUUAGAAUUAAAUUAAACACCUUCAGAUUGAGUGGCAUCAGAGCAGAUUUAGUGAUAUCCGAGCCUAGGUUUAAUUGAAUACCUAGGAUUUGUUUUGGACUUGGCUAGCCAGUGGAUUUUAGACCCGUGGUGAGACGAGUGAUGGGGUUAUAUAAGGGACGAUUCUAAUUCAUGUUGCCUGAAUUUUCUCAUCCAUUUUGAUGAGAUGGUGAUCUGAUUGUUCUUGUUUUUUUGCCUUCAUACUCUGUGUGAAGUUGUGAAAGUAAUCUUGCCCGUUAUGUCCUUAAGACCUUGUUUUGAAACUUGGUCAUUUUUGAUAGGAGUUGCAGAGACUUUUGUUAUUGAUCUUGUUGGUCUCUACAGCAUAGCUGGUGGAGAAUUUGUUUUGUUUGUCACAUGACCAGUGGAGGAUGGGUAAACCCUCUACUUUGUAAGAGAUUUCAGGCUAUUUUAGCAAGUGUUGUGUGUGUUUUCUAGCUGCGUUUUAGGAGCUGGAUAACUUGGUAAUUCCGUUGCUCCUUAUCUUUCUGAAAGUCUUAUAGUGAAAUUUCACUUUUUCCAUUUGGAGCUUCGUGGUCUUUUCAUGUGGCUCAUUUUUCUGUAUUAGUUAAUCAAGAACAGUGAUUAUUCAAUUGAAAUUACUGUAUUUUUGUGAAGAUUGGCAAACUGUCAUAAAGUUAAACUCUAUUGUUGCCAAUCUCUACAUUCUUGAUAUUUGGAAAUUGCUUGAAACUCUUGAAAUCCAUCUUUAAUCUUUCUCGAGAUUGCUUUGUACUUGUUCUUGAAACUGAAAUCCAGAAAUGGAUAAUGAUUAUUGAAAUCCUCAUUAUCUUGAUACUUGUCUGAAAUUAACUCUUGCAUUGUUUUUGGAAUCUAGUUUGAGUUGUCCUUGGAAGCGUUCUUGUUCUGACUCUUGCUCUUGCUCAAAUUCUGCUAAACAGAUUGUAGCCUCCAUGAGCUACGAGGUAAAGGGGUAGUCCUUGAAAUACUUGAUGCCCUAGAGUUUUGUUCCAAGUGAAAUGAUUCUUUUAUCUAGCUGCUUGGAUUUUUGUUUGCCCUUUUAAUUGGAAGACAUGAAUCUUCUAAGCAUCUUGAUCCCAGUCAUUGCUUUGUUCUGUUAAUUAAUUCUAGUACUUGAG